AAAUCCAAAAUUUAAAUCUACAUAUAAAUCCUAGAUUCUAGAGAGAAAAAAAAAACAGAGAAAAACAGAGUGUGCCAGACACAAAAUUUGAAAACCAAAGCACAAGUUUUAAGAAACAUGGGAGGAGAAGUUGUUUUGUUCAUUGAUGAUUUGAAACCAAUUUCAGGAUUUUCUCGUUGUAGAAUAUGUCAUGAAGAAGAAUUUGAAAGCUUCAAAAGCUUAGAAGCUCCUUGUGCUUGUUCCGGAACAGUCAAGUUCGCUCAUAGAGAUUGCAUUCAAACAUGGUGCAAUGAGAAAGGAAACACAACUUGUGAAAUUUGCUUACAACAAUAUGAACCUGGAUAUACAGCACCAGCACCAAAGAAAUGUAAAAAUUCUAAUGAAGUAAUGACCAUUAGAUAUAGCCUUGAGAUAUCAAGGAGAGAAGAAGAAGCAUUAUUGAACAGAAGAAUAGUUGAAUAUGAAGAAGGUGUAAGAGAAAACAAUUACGUUGAAUGCACUUAUGCUGCUGAUAGAAGCGCGUUUUGUUGUCGAUCACUGGCUUUAGCUUUUACUCUCCUAUUACUUCUAAGACAUCUUUUUGCUUUGCUUACAAGUGGAAUGGAAGAUUACCCAUUCACAAUUCUUACGAUUUUUAUACUAAGGGCCAGUGGAAUUAUUAUACCUAUGUGUAUAAUUAUUAGAACUAUGGGAGCCAUUCAUAAAAGUAUCCAGCGUCAUUAUCAUCAUCAGGAUUCUGAUGAUGACUCGUCAAUGUCUGAUGGAGAUGAUGAAGAAAAUGGGACACCACAUAUUUCAAUUUUAAGACAUUCACAUUAUUAAUUUGUUAUUUACUUUAAAUUGUGUACAAGUGCAUUAUGGUGAUGCUCUCUUAAAUUCUAAUGUUUUGUGUAUAAAUAUAUAUUAUUUUUAUUCAAAUGCAUAUUCCUUUGCCGUAUUAA